AAUGUGACCAUGAGGUUAGUUUUUUACGGACCAACUUAAAAUUGGUACGAGAACUCAAAGCUUUGAACAUCCUGAAUUUGUUGACCUGGGGUUGCCCGAACUCCCCCUUCUUGCUCAACUAAAAAGUGACACCAUUGAUCUUCGAGCUCCUCAUACAAUCUUCCAAUCAAUGCUGAAGAUUCCCAGGUAGCAACUAUUUCCAGUAAUCCUCAAACAAAAGGCAAAAUCAAAAGUUCAAUUUGGAGGAGAGAGAAAAUGGAACAACAUACUGAAAAUGAAGCAAUUCAGAAAAGGCCUGCUAUUUUAGUUAUCGGAUCUCCCGGCGUCGGAAAGCGCACUAUUCUAUCCAGACUUUUGUCUGUGGAUUUUGAAGAGGGUUCUGAUACUUCACCUGAAGUACUCAUACAAGGGUGGACAAUUGACACAAAAUAUUAUUCAGCUGAUGUUGCUAUAUGGAUGGCUCAUCUCCAUGAAGGUAUCCCGCCCAGUUCCCUGCCUGAUUUCAAGCAGUUUGCUGCCAUAGUGAUGGUUUUCGACAUGAGUGAGCUAUCUUCUCUUGCUGCACUCAAAAAGUGGGUCUCACAUACUGAUGUUCAGAAAUCUGACAUCUUAUUGUGUAUUGGAAACAAAGUGGAUCUUGUUCCUGGUCACCCAGCUCAUGAUGAAUACAAAAGGCGUUUACAGAGGCUUGCAGAUCCUUUUGCUGGUUCAGAUGUGGAUUCAUUUGAGUAUGGAGUUUUUGAAUCUGAGGGUAGUAGUUUAUUGGGAAAUGAUGAACCAUCUUGUGAUAUCAAGAGCUCAUGCUUUGAAUGGUGUAUGGAGCGUAACAUUGAAUACGUUGAGGCGUGCGCUUCUAAUGCUGAAUUUGACAAAUGUCUAUCCAUUAAUGGUGAUUCGCAAGGAGUCGAACGGCUUCACGGUGCGCUUUCUGCCCACAUGUGGCCUGGGAUGGUUUUGAAAUCUGGAAACAGAAUUCUUGCACCAACUCUACCUGAUAAACAAGAGUCAUCAGAUGAAGAAUCUGAUUAUGAAGCCGAGUAUGAAGUCCUUUCUGGGGGUUCAGCUGAACUAUGGGAUGAUACAGAGGAUAGCUGGGUGUCUGCCAUUCCUCCUAAUACAUCUUCUGACCUAAAAUCUGUUUCGGAUGCUGAAAAGGCAGAGCCAUCAGCUUCAAAGUCUUCUGAAUGUAGAGAAAAGGAUGAGGAUGUGGAAGUUAAAGAGGUUGAGGAUUACGUUAGUGAUGACAUUGAUAAGGGUGCGCAUCUGGAGCUUGAGGAUUUGGAGCAUUUAAUGUCAGAUAUUGCAAAUAUGCGCAGCAACUCAAGGUUGAUGCCUGAUUUUCAGAGGCGAGAGAUGGCUGCUAAGUUGGCAAUGCAAAUGGCUGCUCUGUUUGGAGACUGCAGUGGUGAUGAAGGAGUUGAGUAAUUAAAGCCAACAUUUGGUUGAAAGUACAAAUUUGUCAUCAUCUGAGUGAAUGGAGAUGUAGAGGCACGGGAUCCUCAAUUUAAGCACAUAUUUGAUCACAAGAUCCAAGGAUUAUGUUACCUCGUGUUAACCAACUGGAGAGUCGCCAGAAGACCUGAUGUACUGUUUUUCUUGGUAGAUAAGUAAGCUCCUCUGCCUUUUCUCCUCCUUUUUUUUGUUAAAAUCUUAAGGUUGAGUAUAUACAUAGUAUUUUAGUUUUUAAAUAGUGUCCUACAGAUGGUAAUUUUUUUUUUUCCAACAAAUUUUGUAUGGAGAUUCUUGCUGCAUUAAUGAGUUGAAUUGAAUCUCGAGUUUUAUGAUA